AUGUCGUCGUUGCAGACCAUGACAGCGCCAGCGGUGGGCCAUAAUCGCCCGCCCGAUCCUGGAAUAUCACCGACUAGUGCUACAAACGCUGCUGCGAGGACGAGUGAUGCGAUUGUUGAUAAUACGACCUCGAAUAACGCCGACGACGUUUCGCGGCAUGACUUUUCUCGCGCCGUCAACGCCAACGCCAGUGCUAAUGCCAACACUGAGAUUAAUAUCGACAUUGACAGCAAGAAUCGUGACCUUUCCACCCCAAAUACGGAUGUCGCAACGACGAAACAGAACGGUUCCGUCGACCCUGUGCCUCGACCACAGGAGCCGGAAGUGAACAAGGACGAGAGCUCGGACACAGUAGUGGAGAACAGGAUAGAGGAGAUUCAAGAAAAAGAAGGAGAGAGAAAAAUUAAAGAGGAACCUCAAGAUGCAGUACAGCAAGGAGGAGAGCAAAAUCCGGCAGAAAACGACCAAAGAAAAGAUGUACCGGACGACAUGCCCAAGGUCAAGGAGGACUCGACAGCGGACAAACCGGCCGAAAAUCACAAUCAACCACAGCUACAGGAUUCAGAGAAACAAUCUGCCGCUACUUCCCUUCUUGCUCAGUUGUUGGGAAACGUCAAUGCGCAGGCUGCUACUCCGGAGUACCUUCCUCGAACGCCGUUACCAGAACCCUUGACCGAUGCCUCGACGCCGGUGGCUCCGAAUGAAGACAUCUCCUUGCCUAUGAUUAAUGGGCAGACGGAGAAAAUGGUAACGUCAACCCAGCCGGAAGUGCAAAACGGAGAUAUCACUGUUCCCAAGCACGAAGACAAUCUUCUGACACAGACCCAAACCCAACCUAUCUUACAAACAGACACACCUUUUGAUAUACCAGAUGAUUCAGCUGCCACGAGGAUUCCCGAUAUGGUGACUGGGGUUAUGGAGGAUCCGCUUUCAAAGACAAGCCAUGACCACAGCGCUCUCUUUGCACCUUUUGAUACCGACGGUAGUAUUAAAAAUGGUCUAGACGCUUUGCAGCAGCAUGAUUUGCUCAGCAAUGCAUUCUUGUCUCAAGAAAUCAACAUGUCCGGUCUUCCCGAUAUAUCGACUUACUCCCAGUACGAUGUAGCAGCCUCGAUAGCCGGAUCAGAGCCGCGCAUUCAAGCUUUUGCCAAACUCGAAUUCGACGAUGGCCACUUCUACGUCAAUACCUAUUCUUUCAUCCUAGGUCGAGAUGUCCGAGCAGCCCGUGCCGCUUUCCAACGUGAAGUGCAAGUUCGACAAGCAAUGAGACCUUCCAAAAACAAAAGUUCGAGCGGAGGUAAUACAUCUCACACACCCAAUCGUGUCAAACGCGACGGCAGCGCCUAUGUCGGAAGCGUGGUAAGCGAUCGAGGUGGUAUCAUGGGAUUUGACCCCGAUGUACCUCACCAUAUCUCACAAAUCAGUCGCCGGUCGUCUGUCUCGUCUCAACCAGACUCUGUACUCCAUGCGACCCCGGCACAAUUACAGGCAAACCAUACAGAUUACAAUGCACUUGCGAUGCAGUCUCUGUACGACGGCAGUGCAGACGCAAAACCAGUUGAUAUGCUAGCUUUGCUGCCUUCACCAGAUGCUUGUCCGACAAUUCCAAUCCAUCCCCCGGCGACUACAGACGGCAACUCUGCUGGCCACAAGGGUAUUUCUCGCAAACAUGUGAAAAUUUCAUACAACUUUGACAAGAAUUUCUUCGAGAUGGAGGUCAUGGGUCGAAACGGCGCGUUCAUUGGUGCAGAUUGGCUAGCACCGGGACAAGUGAGGCCAUUGCACAGUGGCGACUAUAUUCAAAUCGGAGGAGUCCGUAUACGGUUUCUCCUGCCAGAUGUACCUAUUGGCGAGACCGGAGCCGAUCGAAUGGAGGAACCUCUGCUAGAAGACGGCACUACUGUAACCAGAGAGGUUACUGAGGCUGCAACUGGCGACAUGGACGUAAUGGAAGAAGACUCUGACGACGAGAGUCAAGAUGGCACAAAGAGACCGAGAGUCACCAAACUCAUUCUCAAAACAAAAUCACAGGACGAGUCUGCAAAUGUCGACUCAGUCGAUGGCAACGGCGACUCACAGCCGAAGAGACGAGGACCUGGUCGUCCUCCCAAGGACGGCAUCAUGUCGAAGCGCGAGCGUGCCGAGAUUGCUAGGGAGCAAAAAUUGGCCGCAAAACGCGAGGCCAAUGGUGGAGUCACACCUCCUCCUCCGAUCAACCGUCCAAAGCCGCCUACGACUACCAAACCGCGAAAGGAGGAUUCAGUGGAGGAAGUUGUGGCCUCCACUUCUGCUACACCCGCUACCCCUGUUACUCCUUCUAAGACAGUGGAGAAGAAAUCCAUCAAGCGCAAACAGCCUGACGGAUCUAUCGUUGACGUUCCUAUCGAGUCUAUUGAAGGUGGUGAGCAACAACAACAACAGCCACUACCAGAGCAACAACCUGUUGUGGAAUAUCCGAAACCACCUCCUCCCAAGAAACGCAAACCCUCGCGGUCUCCAUCGCCUGACUAUCCUCCUGAAUCCGCCUACACACAGGACCAAAUGGCAAAACCUCCUUACAAUUAUGCGGUUCUCAUUUUCGACGCUUUGACAGAAUCACGAACACCAAUGACGCUGAAACAGAUCUACAGGGCGCUCAAAUUGAAGUACCCGUAUUUCAGAUUCAAGUGCGAGACUGAAGGUUGGACAUCUAGUGUUCGACACAAUUUGAAUGGUAAUCGACAACUAUUUGAGCAUGCAGAACGAGACGGCAAAGGUUGGUCAUGGCAGCUCCGAGCUGGAGCAUCGGUAGAAAAGGAAAAGAAAAGAAGACCGUCACCUCCACCUCCUUCGUCACAUAUACAUCAGCCUUCUCAUCACUACAUGCCACCGCCGAGCCAUUCAUAUACCAACCAAAGUCUCCAAAACCAGCAAUUCCAGUUUUCAGCAAUGCCCAAUACCUUCAAUCCUCCUCCACCUCCUCCCGCGCCUACCUAUCGCCCUCCAGUUCCUCCGGCACCUCCCAUUCAGACACCUGCACCGAAUCCGUACAAAAAUAUCAAUCUUCCCCCCGCUCUCACAAACUCAGGAUCUGCAAAAUACGUCUCACCCUAUCCCUGUGCAUUACCGCCGGAUAUCCUGCAGCUGCAGCAAGAGAACCAACCGAAGCCGCCGGCACAAUCUGCUCCUUCACAUCAAAAUCAGCCACCUCCAAUGCAGAUGCAUCAACCUCCGCCGCCACCAUCACAACCACAACAACAUCCACAAUACAAUCAGGCACAACAUCAGCACCAACCACCACCUCCUACUCACUACACUCCUAAUGGACCACCAUAUCAACAACCGGCCAACAAUCAAAUAUCCCAGUACCCUACGCAAAACCAAGGUCCAUCUCCAUCACCAUCCCAGCAACCUGCACAGCCAUACCAGCCAUCACAACAACAACAACCGCCGCCGCCGCCGCAACCUCAGGGAGGUGCGCCAAUGAUCAACAACGGCAGUAACAGCGGCAACAAUAGUACCAACGAACAAGAGUCAUCCCUCUCCUUCCUCGAGCGAGCAAACAAAGCCAUCGAUGACUUCGAAGCAGUCCUCACGGAGGACUACGACGACAAGAACUACAUCCGCGAAGUCCUCAAAAGCGCCCGAGCACGCGCCCUGGGUCAUGCUGACAAGAGCUCUUUUGCGGAUGGAGAGCCCAAGGAUGAAGCUGUGUUGUUGGAUGUGUUGCGGAAUUUGAUUGGAAGUUUGAAAGACGAAUAA